AACAUUUGCGUAAUUUUUCUUUCGACCUACAAGUUCUCUGUUUCUGUAUAUUUUAUGGUCACUAAUUUUUAUGAGUUCAUACACAGCGAGUGCUGAAACCUCUAUAUAAAGAUUUCGUCUUAAGGAUGCUCCAAGUGUAGCUACAAACGCACAAAUCAUUGACAGUUCAAUGACCUAAAAUGGCUACCAAAACAAAGUCUGGUGUAAUUUCUAUUGCAUCAAAACUAAAGAAACCACUACUUAUAGCUAUAAGAGAGUACAAUAAAAACUUGACAUAUAGACAGUACUCCGUUCUUAAUAGUGAUCUCCGUAACCAUAGUGAUAGAAAUGACCGAAAAUUUUCCCUUAUUGACAGUAGAGAAUAUUCAGUUCUUACCCAGGAAAAGAAAGACAAGAUAGCCAAUGGUCCAGAUUUGGGAGAGUUUAUACAAAAUGGUCUGGAACAACCAGAAAAUAUUAAAAGGAAGAAAGGAGAACGAUUAAGGUUACCACCAUGGCUGAAAACAAAGAUCCCAAUUGGUAAAAACUACCACAAGCUUACAUCUGACUUGAGACAACUAAACUUACACACUGUUUGUGAAGAAGCAAAAUGUCCCAAUAUUGGUGAAUGUUGGGGAGGCGGUGACAAUGGCACUGCCACAGCUACUAUAAUGGUAUUAGGUGAUACCUGUACGAGAGGAUGUCGUUUCUGUUCUGUAAAGACAGCCAAGAGUCCACCCCCUCCUGAUCCAAUGGAGCCAGUCAACACAGCAAAGGCUAUAGUGUCAUGGGGACUGGAUUAUGUUGUCUUAACAUCUGUAGAUAGAGAUGAUAUGCCUGAUGGUGGUGCAUCACAUUUUGCAGAAACAGUCAAAGAAUUAAAGAAAAGACAGCCCUCCAUACUUGUAGAAUGUUUAACGCCAGACUUUAGAGGAGAUUUACAAUGUGUAGAGACGAUAACAGAUUCUGGAUUAGAUGUUUAUGCUCAUAAUAUAGAAACUAUUGAAGAACUGCAAUGGUUGGUUCGAGAUCCCAGGGCUAAUUACAAGCAAUCAAUGGGUGUGUUAAAACAUGUGAAGAAGUACAAACCUGACAUGGUGACAAAAACUUCUAUAAUGGUGGGUCUUGGAGAAACUGAGGAGCAGAUAUAUAGAACUAUGGAAGACUUGAGAAAGAUAGAUGUUGAUUGUUUAACUUUAGGACAGUAUAUGCAGCCUACAAAAAGACACCUUAAGGUGAAGGAAUAUGUUCACCCAGAUAGAUUUAAAAGGUGGGAAGAAAUGGGUAAUAAAAUGGGGUUCCUAUAUACAGCAAGUGGACCUCUAGUUAGAUCGUCAUAUAAAGCAGGUGAAUUUUUCUUGACAAAUAUAGUUAAAAAUAGACAGAAGACAGAGAAAGAAGAAACAAAGAUGCAAUGCUAAUGAAAGAUGACUUUAAUUUUAACUUAGUUCCUAAUGACAAUAAAUUUCUCAGUACAUUACGGGCAGGUUAAAAUGUAGCUUCCAAUACCAUCCUUCAUCUUCUCAAAUCUCCAAAGUCUGGGAAUCAAUUUUAUUAUGAAAAAAAAAAUGUUUUGCCUUGUCAAAGCUGUUGAUUCUUGAAUAGCUAAAUAAUUGUUUUUAUGGUUAUAAAACAGAAAUGUGAUAUUUAUAUCAUUAAAGAUUUGUACUGUUAAUGGGUUAUCAAUGGUACUGUAUUGUUAUUUUCAGUCUGUUUGAAUUAUAGACUGAUAUUUAUUAAAUAUGUUUAUGGAAAGAUUAUUUUAUUAUUUGCAGUCUGUUUGAAUUUUGUGUAGACUAAUAUUUUUUAAAUACGUUAAAAAGAUAAUUUCAUUUAGAAUAAUGAAGUAUCAAUCAAAAAAAUUCAUUAAGCUAAAUGAAAAGAAGGGGUUAGUUUUACAGAUCUGAAAAAUUCAAGUGUGUCAACCCUACUGGAAAUUCUGAAAUUUUUGUGAUGUUUUUAUUUUGUUGUUGAAAAUUGUGAUAGUAUAGGUUUGGCAAAAAUAAAAACUUGUAUAUUUGAUUUUUAUAGCUUUAUUUGUAUGCACCAUUAUCUGAAAUCACAAUAAUCAAUUUCACAUUUUUGUGCCUUGCUCAACAAUGGCAAUAAUAAAUGCCAAACUAAUUCCUGAAUUUAGAGUAUAUGUUAAGUGCACCGAAGGGAAAACUAUCUACCAUGGACACGUGCUCUUUAUAAAAAAGUAUAUGGAGACAUAAUUUUUGAAUCGUUUCUCUUUUAUUUUGUAUCUUCAUAAAAUUGAUUUAAUAUGCAUUUUAUUAUGUAUGUUUUCAUGUUUUGUUUUACAAAUGGUAAUCUCUUUUGUAUUUAAUGUUAUUGAAUGUAUAAUAAAAUAUUAUAACAUGA